GUCUGUAUUUGGUCUUGGUUUGGUCCGGUGCUUGAUAACAUAUGCAGUUAAAAAAAAAAUAAAAAAUUUUGCAGAAAAAAAAUACCUAUAAAUUGAUUUAUUUUUAAAUAUUGGGAUCUAGUUAGAUACUCAGUAAAUAUUUUAGAUAAAAUCAAAAUUGUGGAUUUAAUUCGUUAACCUUGACACAUUUUAGAUCCUUUGUGUUGUUGGCACUGUUAAGUUUUGAAUUUUUGUUGUAUUGAUCGCUGUCACCGGCCUUACUUCUUACUUCAUACAUGAUCGACCUAGUGUAAAUUUUUUGAGUGAUUAUUUUUAGAGAUAAAAAAAUAUCGUGAGUUAGUGCAAUAUUUUAAAGGAGAAAAUGGCUGGACAAACAAUAAAUGACCGUCUAUUAGCAGCAAAACACAGCAUAGCAGGACAGGGUCUUGCAAAAUCAGUAUGUAAGGCUACAACAGAAGAAAUGUUAGGCCCUAAGAAAAAACAUUUGGAUUAUUUAAUUCACUGCACCAAUGAGCCCAACGUUUCCAUUCCUCAAAUGGCUAAUUUAUUAAUAGAAAGAUCUCAGAGUACUAGUUGGAUAGUGGUUUAUAAAGCUUUAAUUACAACACAUCACAUUAUGUGCUACGGAAAUGAGAGAUUUACGCAAUAUUUAGCAUCUAGUAAUGUGUCCUUUCAACUCUCAAAUUUUGUGGACAAGACAGGAGUUCAGAGUGCUGUAGGAGCAAGGACUGGAUAUGAUAUGUCACCAUUUAUUAGAAGGUAUGCUAAAUAUUUAAAUGAAAAGGCUCUAUCUUACAGAUCAGUGGCUUUUGAUUUUUGUAAAGUUAAACGAGGCAAGGAGGAGGGUACUUUGAGAACCAUGAAUACAGAAAAUUUACUCAAAACUUUACCAAUUCUACAAAAUCAAUUAGAUGCUCUACUUGAAUUUGACUGCACUGCAAAUGAUCUCACUAAUGGAGUAAUAAAUAUGUGUUUCAUGCUUCUAUUUCGUGAUCUUAUAAGGCUUUUUGCAUGUUACAAUGAUGGCGUCAUUAAUCUAUUAGAAAAAUACUUUGAAAUGAAUAAAAAACAAUGCAGAGAGGCCUUAGAUUUGUACAAAAAAUUCUUGAUUAGAAUGGACAGAGUAGCAGAGUUCCUAAAGGUAGCAGAAAAUAUAGGAAUAGAUAAAGGAGAUAUUCCUGAUUUGACAAGAGCUCCCAACAGUCUCUUAGAUGCUCUUGAGCAGCACUUGGCUUCAUUAGAAGGAAAUACCCCUACAGCUAUUACUACACAAAAGAAUGUUAAGUCUGGAGUUUCUGCUUUAUCAAACACCAGUAAUGCUUUUGGUACUGCUGUUGAUGACUCUUUUAAACAAGCUGCAGUGGCUGAGGAAGAGGCAGCCCUUAAUCAUUAUAGAGCAAAUAUUGGAUCACCAACUGCUGCUAGUACCAAUCCUUUCUUAAGUGAUGAACCUACUGUGAAAGCCGAGCCAAUCCUGGAUUUAUUUUCUAGUGGUACAGGUGUUCCAGAACCAAAUAAGCCUGUACAAUCUUCCAAUGCAUUAGAUGAUCUUCUUUCCCUGGGAGGUAACCCUUUUGCCGAUUUUGGAGCACCCACAACUAGUGCCACAGAUACAUUUGCUACCACCACAACAGCUACUGACAAUAAUAUUAAUUCUAAUAUGUGGGGGGCCAAUGGGUUUGCUGGUGGAGCAAAUGUGUUCCAGCAGCAGCCCACGCUUCAAGCUCAACCCUUUGGAAAUGCAAACGACUUAAGUGGAUUCUUUAAUACUAAUGAGCCCUCAGUUUUCGAUCCCUUAGGUGAUAUUAGUGCCACCAAGAGUGCCCAGAUUGUUCCACAGCAGGCCGUUGCUCCACAGCCUGCAAAAGCAGCACCUGCUAAGAUACUUACUGGAGACUUGGAGUCUAGUUUGACAUCUUUAGUUGAAAACUUGACUAUGGAUUCAGCAAACAGAGGUUCUCAAUGGAAUUCGCCCAAAAACCAAGCAAAACCCGCUUCAGGAGGUUGGCAGGGUCAAGGUCAACCCAUGAAUGCUCCUGGUUACAGACCAGUAGGACAAGCUAUGGGCCAGCCAAUGAUGGGACAGCAGCAGAUGAUGGGUCAACCCAUGAUUCCCACCAUGGGCCAACCUAUGCAACCAAUGGUUAAUCAGUUUUCAAUCAUGCAGCAACCAAUGAUGGGUAGUCCAAAGAUGAAUGUGGCUCCACCAAAGCAAGAGGUAACUUUCGAUCCUUUCGGCUCUUUGUAAUGUAAAAAAAUGAACGUACAUAUUUAUUAAGAGAAAAUGUUACAUUUUAAGAACUCUGUCGUGAGAUUCCCCCAUUAUUUAUUGUAGAAAAAUCCUAAUACAAUUAACAAAUAUUUAUAUAAGAAUUCAAGGUACAAAAAUUGCGGAAUAAUAAAAUAUUGCCUGUUUUUAUUCGGUUUUAUUUUAUGUGUGUCAAAUAUAUGUAUUUUUGUUAAAAGUAUUAACAAAUUUAAUAUUCGCUAUUAUUUCUUUGUGUUCAAAAUAUUUUCGAGCUCAAUAAUUAUGUGAAAAAAAAAUUUUUAAUUCAACUAAUGAGAAGACUGAGUUAAAAAGAAACCUCAAAUAGUAUGUAAUAAUUUUAUUUAUAAAUAUUAGUAAAGUUUAUUUACAUUUUUUUUUUUUUAAAUAGGUACUAUUAAUUUUUAUUUAUAAGAAUGUCUAUCACAGUAUUAUACAAGGAGGGACAAAAAUUAUUAAAAGCCGUAUCGUUUAUUUAUUUUUACAUUUUAAAACUGCAGUCACCUUAAAAGAACUCUCCGAUUGGUGCAAUGACCUAUUGAGAUGGUUUUUCACUGAUCAAAACAAAACAGGUAUCGGGUGAAUGCAGAGGACGGGACAAUGAGGUCUUUGCGUUUUUGGUAAAACAACUGCUCUCCAGAAAUUUUUUGCAGUUUUUUGUGUCCCUCCAUUUAUAUAUUUUUAUUUAAAAAUGUACACAGAAGUAUUUUUUAACCAUAAUUCGAUUUGAAAACAUCACAAUAAAAACUGGUAUCGCAUUAUAAUAUUUAAAUAGUUCAAAUUAAAUAGCUGAUUAUAAAUAACCGAAUUUAACAUGCAGGUACGGAAUUUUCAACAGGGAACAUGUACCUUCCAAAUAGUUGAACAAGGUAUACUAGGAACUUGCACAGAUACCGCUGUUGCUCCUCACAUAUGAGCAGAAUUCGAAGUUGUAUCGAUGUUCGCUAAAAGCGGUCUCUCUGAUAUUUGCAUGUUCCUAUUAAACUUUGUUUCAACCUUUUGUAAGGUAUGUGUUCCGUGUUGAAAAUUUCAUACCUGUAUGUAUAUACAAUGAUUUUUAUUAUAAAAAUUUGCAUUAAACAACGCCUAUGGAGAACAAUAAUUAUGGUUAAUUCAGUAUAAAUAUUUGUUAAUUGUGGUAAAUGUAUAUUUUAUGUCAAUAAUUAAUUCAUUUAGACAGAUAAGUUUAAAUUGAGAUGCAUAUUUAUCUCAGGGUGUUUGUCUAAUAUCAGUUACUAAUAAAACAUAUUAUCUAGAUAUUUAGUUAAAACAAAUAAUAAUUAUGGCCUAGGUCCACGCCACUAUAAUUCAAUAACGAAUUCUUCAAUGGAUUUUGAAGGAUCGAACACCCUGUAGUGUAUGCAUGUGCUUUGUGAUAUUUUUUUUUUCGGAUGUAUGUUAAGAAUGUUGGGAUACAAAUGUGAUCUCCUUUUAUAUUUAUUUUUAUAGCCUCUUACUAUCUUAUUUGUAGUCUUAAAUUUGUUAAUUUAAUCACAGACGCUGUUUAUUUAUACAAUCUAUUUUAUUUAUUAAGGAAAAUAAGUUGCACACAAUAUGUAUUUGGUAUUUUUUCCAAAAUGUGAUCUUUUCUCUUUUAAUGGAACUUUAUAUUUUUAAAUGUAUUUUAUUUUGCUUAAAUUAUUUUGUUUUCAAGGAACCUCGCGCUUUUCUUAUGCAUAAUGGCUUUCCGUCGAAUGUCAUAAAUUUUGGAUAUAUUGUAGUAUUUGGCCUAUAUACCAAAAUAUGUCCAUAUGCCCACUUUAAUUCUCUGGCUAGUUUUUACGUUGCAGAGUGUUAAAAUUUAAACAAUCCUAUCCAAUCUUAUUAAUAAUAAUAAUCUUUAUUUAAAAGUAGGAUACAACCUAAUAUACAAAAAAAAUAAUUUAUACAACUGUCAAAUUCAUGCAAACAAAAUGUAUACAAGAAUAAAAUUUACAUGAGUAAAAUAGCUAUGAAAAGAAAGAAAAUACAAAAAACAAUACAAACUAUAAGAUACAAUUGAAAUUAACCAGUUUAAUAAUUAAGCUUAAUAAUAAUAUAACCUAUAUUUUUUUAAAUAAAUAAUUAAAUGAGUUUUAAAUUGAUUUAGAGUCUUAGAACCUCUUUAUAUAACUUGGCAAAUUGUUAUAAUCAAUAAAGCCCUUAAAAGUAAAUGUUUUUGUGUUGAAUGCUUUAAUUUGGGUGUUAACAUAAAAGUUAUCCUUUAGCGUGGUAUUGUAGUUGUGGGCCCAAAAUACUUUCCUGGGGAACUCCAUAUUUUACAUCAAUAGAUGAUGACAGUAAAUUAAUAAUUUUCGUUAUAUGGUUUCUGUUAGAAAGAUAAUUUCUAAUCCAGUUCAAUACCGUGCCCUUUACUCCAACAUCUCUAUUUUUUUUCUUUUUUUUUAUGUAAAUUUGAUACAUUUUCACAUUUCUAAAAACAUAUAUACACAUAAAAUAUAAAAGUUUUUGGAAGUUUAAAAAAUAUAAUAAAUAGGUAAAACUGCUUAAUAUUUUUGUAUAGCGUAGGAAAAUUAUGAAUACUUUGUUAGAUUAUUGCAUAAAAACUAGAAUUUUCUACACAUUUUAAUAAUUAGGCAAUCCAAAUCACGUGACUUUAAAUAGUUUACUCUUGGCAAAAACAACAAAGGUAUGUGUUUCCCUUGAGAAAAACACUUCUAGUGAUGUUAUUAGUUUAUAUCAUUUUUUUGGAGUGUUUAGAGUUGUUUUCGGUAUGUUUAGUUAAAAAAUCGAUCUUAAUUUUCCGUCAUAUAUGUUUAAAAUGGUUAAUAAUAAUUAUUUUAAUAGUUUUAUAGACAUAUACUCGAUUACACAUUCAAGGUGUAUUUUCUUUGUUGUCAGACCUAUUCUUUGUCUUAUUCGAUAAUUUUUGAGAAAUUGGCUAUUUCGAGCAGAAGUCUGUUUUCUCGUUUCGGUUCAAAUAGUUUCUUGUAGAGCACGCUCGGAGGCUUGGAUUUGAAGAUUAUUGUGUGUACUGUAUCAUUAAAUUUAUUUUUUGUGGUUAAAGAUAACGCUCUCGUAGGGUGCAAUUUAGACUUAGGCAUUGGUUUGGCUUGAAAUUCCCUAGCCUUCCUCUUAGCUUCCAAUACUCUUUGAAUUAAUUAGUUGGUCAUUUUUCGCCAUCAUGUGUUUGUCUCUGGUCUCGAAACUAAACGGAACAGGCUAUUGUUAUAUUAUACUUAAUUUGAAGUCACUAUAUUACCUUAAUCUUUAUUUCAAUUUGAAAGAAAUAAAACUAAAUGAUCCACAUAUGUACCACAUCGAUAUAUCUAAAGCCUGUAACAUUCAAUACUAUUCAAUACAAAAAAUAUAAGAAAUAUCCAGUAUGUAUAACUUAAAAAAAGGAAUUUAUAUUGUGGUUUGCUUUUACUGUUGAAAUUGUUCUAAUGCAAUGAAAACUUACAUAUACGUUGUUCAAAAUUUUCUCAUAUCCAGUGCGAUGCGUAAUUAUGUAAACAGAGUUAAAAAAAAGAGAAAUUGUGAUUUGAAAUAAAAGCAAAGAAAGAAAUAAAAUGUCACCUUACUCAGCCUAUAAAGUAUGUAUAUACGGUGAUUCCAAAUUAUGAUUACAGAUGGGCAUAUUUCUUAAAAAAAUGUCAGAGAUCUCUGAAUAACAGAAUUAAUUUUAAGUAGUUACAAUAUAUUUAUUACUGAUACAUAAUACGUUCGUCUGAUUGGUUAUUUACAAGGUAAUAUUUAAAAAUAUAUAUUUUUAAAGCUUGGCUGAAUUAUUAACCUGAUAUAUUUUCAUAAUUUUACUAUAACGGUACACGGCGAUAAAGUUUAAAAAUUGCCUUUAGAAAUGAUUUACCCACUCAAAAUAACUAAGAAAAGAAUAUUGUGGUUUGUUGGGCAAGAAAUGGGUAAAGGAUCUUUUGCAAUAUAACAUACAGUAUGUUAAAUUUUUCACAAGUACGCCAGAAGAACGGUAUAGAAUAAGUGAUGCUAUUUAGUAAAGAGAGGUAGAACAGUACGCGCCAGCCCAGUAGCGGUAGAGGUGUAUGUAGGUAGCAGGAAAUCAGAAUUUCAGUAAAUAAUUAUAAUUUUAUUUUAAAAUAUAAAAAAGCAUUAUAUGAAAAAUGUUGUGUCGAGGUACGUCUUGUCUUUUUCGAAAUCCGUAAUCCAUCAAUCUUUUUUGUUUUCCUUUUCCAUGGUUACCAUCCAUCGGAUAAGUAGGGUGCUAGUGUACGCAGCUAUCGACCAAGAUCAUAAUAUAUGUGAUAUUAUAAUGGUACCAUCUGACAUUGACACUUGACCAACCUCAAAUAAAAACUGACUAAGAAACCUUAAAAUAAAUUGACGUAAAAGUCAAAACUAAAGGUAAGACUAUGUGGUGCUAUGAUGUCGCCACAGUGUAUUCAUCUGUCCAGUGACGACAGAGUCACCCGAUCUAUGGGUUAACAUAUUGUAUACAUUGUUAUUUUCAAAAUACAAAUAUAAUAAUUUGUUUCAAUACUAUCUUGUAUGAUGGUAGCAUCUCUUUCAUGACUAAUCCACUUCUUCAAGGUUUUCAGUUACCAACUUAAUAAGGAUAAAGGAUAUUAAACAGGACGUCCCAUGUAUAUAUCAAUAAACUUUUAAGGGUGAUAGGGGUCAUCAAAAUAAACAUAUUAUGUUCGAAAACUAUCUAUUACAUUAUACAGCUUGGGUAAUCUAUACUAUAUUCUUUUUUAAAUUACUACAUAUUAAGACGCUAUGGUAUUUUAGAUUAUUAAUGUUAUUGAGAUGCCUGACAAAACCGAGGAACAAUAUGAUAUACGUAGUUAGUAUUUUUUUUUAUUCAAGAGUAGGUAUGCUCUAAUUCUUAAAAAAUUGGAUGCUUUCAUGUGUUCAUUUAUUUGUAAAAUGUUUUUUUUUUUUGUUACAUACUUAUUGCAAUUUGUAUCAUAUUUUCAAAUUGUUUCUUUUCUACAUUGUACAACUUAAUUGAUUUGCCUCAUUAUUUUCUAUAGGUGUAUGAUUUCAAACAGUCUUUUUUACUUUAGUGCUAUGUAUCUUUAAAACUGGUCAUAGUAAAAUUAUGAAAAAAAUAUUAGGUUAUUAGUUUAAUCAAGCUUAUUAAUUUUUUUUUUUGACUUAUCAAAUCGAAAAAUACAGUGCCACUAAAAAAGAAGUAUUUUUUUAAAUAUUAACAUGUAAAUAACCAAUCAUCCUAUAUCCUGUAUAAAUGUUUCGUAACUAAAAUAAAUUCCAUUUUUCAGGGGCACCUUUGAUUUUUUUUAAGAAUAAUAAUAUAAUCUUAAUAAGUACUUUAUUUUCACCAUUUUAUUUCUCUACAUGUCAUAAAUAAGUAUUAUAAUUUGACAAUACCGAGUCAAGUGACUUAGCGUGCAGACCCAAAAGACCACGACGGACAUAUUCGCCUAUGAAACCUAUUUGUGCUAUAGUAGCCCUCACUUCUUACCGAAACGGUAAAAUUAAGGGUGGGCUGACAAAUGUCAGCCCACCGUUCAGUCCGCCGUCGUACUAGAUUGUAUAUAUAUAUAUCUAUCCGUAGACAUCUUUGAAAUCAUCCUAUACAAUAUAUAUAUAGGAUGAGUUUUUUAUGUAACAAUCACAAUCAUUUUAUUUCUGCCUUUUCUCUUAUUUAUUUUCAAAUCAUGUAUUAUCAAAAUUUUAAAAACUUUGUAUUACUUACGCACCCGCCUUGUUUCUAUUACAUUAGAACAUAUAUCAACAGUAACAUCAACUAAAAAUAUAAAUUCAUUCGUUUUUAUUUAUUAAUUUAUAAGAUAAUAUAACAAAAAUUAGAAAUUUUUCAACUUACCUUAAAAACUAGCCAUACGAUUGAUAGUGGGCCCAUGUACUUAUUUGGUUUAGAGGUUUAGUACUACAUUAUAUCCAAAAUUUAUUACAUUCGACUAAAAGCCUUUUUGCAUCAGAGAAGCGCGAGGUCUUUUAUUGAAAGGAUAAUAAAAAAAAUAUGGAUACCUGUUUGGAUAUUGUAAAAGUCUAAAAUGGCCAUUAUUGUUAUAAUUUGUAUGAUGCUUUUAUUUAAAAAUUUAUGAAAUUUAUAUUAAUGGUAUCCUCACAUUCUCGUCUAUUGAAAUUAAAGAUUAUAUAUUAAUAAAUUGUUAAAAUGUGCUUCAGAUUUUAAUAUCAUCUAAUGAAAAUAUCCGUAGUUUUACAUUGAUAAAGACCUUACGUAAAUGUAAAAUAAGGAUUGCAGAUAAUCAAUGUAAAUUUAGAUUUUUUUUUUGUUUUGUAAAAUAUUGAAACGUACUCAAGUUACAUUUUAUUUAUAUAUAUACAUAUUUAUAUUUAUUAUAAAAAUUUUGCUAGCAACAACCAUACUCUAGUCAUAAGUUUAAAAAUUAUGUGGUUUUUGAAAUUGGAGUUUUCUUUUGGCAUGAUUUGUAUAAAAACAAUUAAUAAAGUGGUUAGCUUAGUAUUGUGUAUAUUAAUAUAUAGCCAUGAAGUAGUAAAUGUAAAAUAAUUAUUGUAUACCUGUUGAUGCAAAAAAAACUUACUUUUGCGAUGAUAUAAUAAUACCUACCCAUUCACUUAAUUGUUAGAUGUAAUAAUCUUCACCUUCAUUAAUUGAAAAUACACAAAUGUUUAGGAGUGGUUUUUAUAAGGAAGCAAAUUAAACAUUCCAUCAAGUUUAAAUAAAGAAUCAAAAUCUAUAUUGGGCGUUUCAGAUUAACUAUUUCUAGUUUUUAAAUUUAAUAGAGGGAAUAUAAUUAAUCGUAAUUAUGACUUAAAGAACAUAUACAGGAGGCUAGGUCAGAAAUAGGUCAGUUACACCUAACGUACAAGUUACAAAUUGAAAAUGGAUUUUUCCAAUAACUUGUAAACAAAUGAUUUGUCAUGAAAAUAGACUUGUGUAUUUUUUAAGUAACAGCAACACUUCAAAAGAAAAAAAUAUGAAAACUGCACCCCAUUUAAAUUUUAUGGGGGUUGUGAUCCCCUAGUCCCCAAACUCUUGUAUUCUUUAAGACAUUAAUUUUUAAACUUUUUCGACCCUUAAUACUUUUUCGAAAAAUCAAUGUUUUUCGACUUACUGUACUUUUUCAAUAUUUAUUCACGGCGUUUUUUAUCGGGUCCACCUCCGCGAGUGUUGAGACUACACCACGGUUUUUGGCAGAACAUUUCUUUAGGUUUUUUUUGGGUAAUUUGCAGUAGGUAAUAUUCAAUGUGAUUGCUGCAUGUAUUUAAACCAAAAACAUGUUAUUAAAUAUUUUGUCUCAUAUCGCUUCUCCGCACGUUAAGUGCAAAUUUUUUUUUUUUUUUUUCAAUACAACAGUACAAAAAAUUCUUGGAAACAAAAACAGAUAGGCCCAUCUAAAAUUAUACUAAAUUUGAUAGAUAAAAAUACCUAUUCAUUAUUUCCCAGAUAUUUUUUAAUAUCUUAAUAAUUCCAACCAUGCAAUUGAAAUUUUUAAUUGCAAUUUCUAAGGAACUGUGCUAUCUUCACUUGCAUCAAUGUUCUACUGGAGGAAGACGAAUUGAAGAAUGUGGAUUACAUCCUAUUGUGGAAAUACAAAAGGAGAAAGGACCGUUCUAUACUUUAUUCAGGUUAGGACGUAAUGACGAGACAAAGUUCUUCAAUUUACCUAAAUGUAUAUGACGAAUUGCUUCAGGUUACUCAAUAAAAAAUUAUCCAGGAAAAUAAUCGCUACCAUAAACCCAUCCCCUUCCCAAAGAAAAAUUGGCAAUUUGAUUAUCCAUUUUUAAAAUGAUAUCAAAAAAGUAUUUAAUUUUUCUACCCAUAAUAGUAAACACCGCCUGAACACAACAGCUAGGUUGAAAACCACUAGUCUCUCAUUGUUCUUUAAGGUAUCUAAUGAUUUUUUGCAAAAAAAUUAAAAUGUUCAAAAUGUUUUAACAGAAAAGAUAAAUAUUUUUAAAAAUAUAUACUUUCUGCUUAAUAUUUGCAGCUUCAAUUGUUAUUUGUCCAUUAUUUUCACACUUCUCCUUUUAUAAAAUUAUAAAAACUAAAGUCGAGGUGCCUCUGAGUGACCAAGAACAAGUGUAUCGUCCCAAUGCAACGUAUAGGGUACUGCGAGAAAAAACUAUUCUCUUAUUUAGUCACUGUAAUGUGAUGGAGCGUCUUCUUUUAGAAACCAUAUAUUUUGUCGAAUUACAAAAUAGUUUGACCAAGCAAUCUUUGGCUCCAGACAGGGCCGGCGAGAGCCAUGGUGGGGCUUCUUGGCAAAACACUGGCAAGGGCCCCUCCACAUCUUGUAAUCUAUUUUUUUAAAGCUGCCGGGCCCCGGGAUUUUGCCCCCUGUCCCUCCCUCUCGUCGGGCCUGGCUCCAGAAAAUCUAGUAUAAUUUAUGACCUACCUUUUUCUGUUACACGCUCUAAAAAGGAAAUAUUUAUAACAAUAUCAACACAACCAUUUUAUUCAAACAAAAAACUGUUCCAUGAAUGAACAAACAAUUUUACGAAAUAUUUUGAACAGUAACAAGGAUCAUCAAAAGCAAGAUUAAUAAUGGCUCCUCUUCCGGUUUGACAGAUGUUUCAUAAACAUUUGAUGAAUUGUGGUUCAAAAUAGUUAUUUGCGGAAAGUGACUUAAAGCUGUGCAAAUAUUCAUUCUACAUAUAAACCAAAACAUUCUUGAAACAGAAAAGUCUAAAAAUGCAAAUAAUAGGUACUUUUCUUUACAGCGCUACAACUUGUUAGAAAAUCUCCAAUAAAAGAUAUUUACUUUCCCGCACUAGUACAGGAAUAGUAUAUUAUUAAAAUACAAGUUGCAAAGGCCACAUAUUCCCGAAAUUUGACCACGAGCGAAUGAGUGCGAGAAUAGCCUUCUGUAUCGUGUGUUUUAUUCUAUUUUCUUGAUUUUGGGCUUUAUUUACAUGUUUUUUAAAUUUUUUGUGGUCGUUUGUUGGGGAUUUUUUUCGCAUAAUUUGUCAGUUGGUGACAGUUACUAACCAACUGCCAGGUGGAAUUUAUUUACUAGCAAAGUAGUGAAUGUCACUGAAAUGUCACAAAAAAUGUCACCAAUAAUCGUUUAAGAGUGAUUCAACGAUUUUACUUGCGAGAAUAUAACAUUCUUACACCAAAAUCGAGAAAGUACAUCUUUCUAAAUUGAAAUGUGAGUUUAAGGUGGUAUUUUCAGCAUGCUCGUAAAAAACAUUUUUCUAAAUAUAUACAAAUUUCUCAUUUUCUCAAAACCAUAUUGAACGCAGUUAACAUGUUUUGAGAAUAAUCACACAUACCCUGCAUAGGCAACAAUACUAACUUGAAUAUUUACUGAAAAUGUUCAGUGCACAUUCUGGGCAGCUCUCAAAAUGUGACUAUUGUGGGUGAGAAACUCUUCAGUCCAUAAUAUGCGUUCUGGAAAAUUCUUUAUUUUUCUACAUAAAUCUCAUUCGUACAUUUGAACCCUUCUUAGUUAUUAUGUGCAAUUAACGUUUUCAUUUUUUGAAUGUAGAAUGUUAUUAAAACUUUCUAGGAAUAGUUAUUUUGAUUUGCCCAUUUAUCAAAUAGUUAAGAGUAAGUUUUUUUUAUGAACAGACAAUCCAUAUUAAUUAUUAACCCUACAUUUUUUGAGAAUAAAACUCACGAAAACAUUGUGAUAUUUAUUUUUAAAAAAAUACCUGAGUGAUAUAAUGUACUGACAAUACUGCCUGAUUACGUUCUAGUAAGUGAUCUUGAUCUCUUAUAUGUUAGUUGUUUUGUUGCCAAUAAAUUCAAGAUGAAGUUGAAUUUAUCAUAAUGCUUUUAACCAGAACGGAGUAAAAAAACGCGCUAUUAGACAUUUUUAUUUGAAAGGACAUACAAUGUUCCUUAUUUAAUUUAUAAACGAUUUUAUUAUAUCUGGUUCUACUUAUUAAGUCUUUUGUAAUAUGUUCCAAGCUGGAUAACUUGCAGCUUCUGCACAACAACAUCUAUUAUGACGUUUUUUUUGUUAAAAGCACAAAUGGAUUUGUACUAUUCAAGCAUCCACAGUCCUGCCGUUGAUAUCGUCAAUGUUCCUUAAUUUACCGUGAAGACGGUGUUUCUCAUUUCUCAAAUUAACAAAAAAAAAAGUAUAAUUGUAUCAUCUUUUGUUGGUCAUGUUUUUUUUGUAAAACUUAUUUUUUGAUCGACCAGUUUUAAUUAAAUAACAUUCGGAUAUUCCCCAAGUUCUGCUUCUUUAUUUAUUUUUAAGAAGGAAAAAUUUCACAUCAAAUUCUUUCUUAUUGGAGUCUUUCUGAAGCACACGCAAAGCGGAAACUGAACUUGUCGCGACUGCAGACGGCACAACUGAUAGUAACUUGUCUCAAAUGCUGUUUACGGUGGAAGUACUCCUAUUAAAAAUCAAUUGCAAAGCAGUGCUGACUGCAUUUGCUACAAGUGCAGUUGUUGUUUGUCCCAUGCUGAGCAAUUCUACCUUUAGUUAAAAGAAUUAAGGGUACAUUUUAACCCUUAUUAGUUUAAAUGUAAAAUAGUUAAAAAUGUGGAGACUAUGAAAAUAUGGUAUACUAAAGUUCAAUAUAAAUCGUAUUAAUAAUUUUGAUUAUUUUUAAUUUUGUAAAUAUAGUUUCAGUUCUAUAAAAACUGGAGAUUUGUCUGUGGAUUUAUAGCUUCAAACUACAUGGUUAUUAUACAAUAAAGGAUAUAUGAAUUCAUUCAUUGUAAUAUUUAUGGUGUUCUAAAUGUCAAGCAAAUUUUUUAACACACUAGUAAAAUAAGUAAUUUAAAAGUUGGAACCUAACCUACAUAAUUAUUUAUAUUGUUAUUCAUCGUACUGUUUUUUUUUUUUAAUAUUAAAUUGCUAACUUAUCUUGCAACUUAUAUAAAAAUAUUUAAAACACUUUUACAUAGGUGAUUUUUGACUUUACAUAGUUACGGAGUUCUACAUCUUGUUAAAAAAUUGCUCAACUUUGAAAGCACCCUUUAUAUUUUUGACUAAUUAGGCUAAAUAACAGGAUUAAAAUCAAGCAAUUUUAAUGUCCAUGGAAUUCUGCUCAAAACUAUCUUGAAGUGUGUCACUUUUAUUUCAUAUAAUAACCAUUUACAUAAAAAAAUGUAGUUGAUUAGCAGAUAAUCUAAAGAAAGUACUCGCCCUAAAUAUCAUAUCGAUGUGAAUAACAAAAAAAAGAACUGACCAAAUAUCACGUUUGUGUAAUAAAAGUAGAAUAAAUGUAAAGAUAACUAUUACACACAUAAAUUUUAACUCGAAUUUCAAAAACCGUAGAGAAUACUCGACAAUUGACUUUCCCAAUUAGUUAAUUAGUAAUUGCUUAUAUUAACUUAAGGUUAAUUAUUGAAUGUAACGUUAUAUUUUUUUAUUUCUACUAAAUUAAUCGAACAAUCUCUUAACGAGUCUGAUUGCUUAUUCCAAUUUUUAUCCAGCCUCUCUUGGAAAUAUGGAUGACAUUUUGUGAAUCUCAUAUUUAUACACUUAUUUAUUUAAAUUUUUAAAGUAUUUUUUUUUAUAAAAAACAAGAAAAUCUUUUCAAAAGUAACAGAUUUCACCAAAUUGAUAUAUUUUUUCUUUGGUUAAAUUUUUUUUUUAACAAAAUAGACUCCCAAUGUGUCCCCUAAAUGGAAUACCCUUUUGUUUAUAAAUGUUUUCCGUUAAUGUUGAUAGCCGGUCUUAUUUUUUCGUUGUAAUUAGUACAUUCCAUUGUUUAAAGAUAAAGAACUGUAUAAUAUUAGAUUGUGUAUGAAAAUAAUGUAAUAUUGUAGUAAAAUGAAUAGUUAA